CCGGGUUGCCUCGCCAUGGUAUGUGAUGAGUCGGCCAGGGCUGGAGCGUCGCGACGCCAAGGUGCACGCGUCGGCCAAUGACGCAGUCGGUGGUCGUGCCUUGGUGGCUGAAGCGCAGCCACACGCAUUUCCCCCGCUGGCGCUGGCAUGCCGCGACACUGACGUCCCACCAGGAGCCGCUGGUUGCGCUCCAAUCCGCCCUCUGCCGCCGUCGCGCACGCACACGCAGCUGCCUUUCACCACAACACCGCAUAUCCCCCCGCAUCGACUACCCACGACGCCGCGCGGCUUUGCCCCGACAACGCCCACCGCCCCUCCGCCAUGGCGUCCGUUACGUCGCUGGACCAGGACAUGAAGAAGCUGCGCCUGGGCAGGUACACGCCCCAGGCCGCCAGCGAAGCGCGCAGCUGGAUAGAAGACAUGCUGGGCGAGCGGCUGCCGCCCGGAGACCUGCUGGAUGCGCUCAAGGACGGGACUGCGUUGUGCAGACUGGCCAACCUCGCUGUGCCCAACCCUGGCGUCAAGUUCAAGAAGUCGCCAAUGCCCUUCAUCCAGAUGGAGAACAUCUCCCACUUCCUCCGCGCCUGCGAGAACGCCCCGCUCAGCAUGCCCUCCCACGACCGCUUCCUGACCGUCGACCUGUACGAGUCCAAGGAUCCCGCCCAAGUCCUGCAGUGUUUGAGCGCUUUCAGCCGAGUCGCAAACUCGGUGAACCCCUCCAACUUCCCGACCACAAUAGGGCCCAGGCGCGGUGGUGGAGGCCCCUUGAGUCCUGCGGCAACUGGCGCAGGGGGCUUCCAAAGCGGAGGCUCCCUCAACUCUCCUGGGUUUGGACGUAGCAGGGGGCCCAGCACCGCCAGCAACACCAGCGGCUCCAACACGUUCAACCCACUUGCCCGGCCGCAACCUGACCGAGCCCUCAGUCCUCACCUCACAGGCGGUUCAAGUUCGUCAAAGACCUCCAACGGUAUACCCAAGUCGCCCCCUGGCGGCGUAAGUAGCUGGAGCAGAAAGACUGACGAGGGUACUACAGCGCCUGCAUGGAACAUCCAUCAGUAUGGCUACAUGGGCGGCGCAAGCCAAGGCAACCAAGGCAUCGCCUUCGGCGCCAGACGGCAAAUUACGUCCGCGGGGCCCAAAGUUCCUAGCCUGGCCGAGAAGGAGCGGAAGCGGAGAGAAAAGGAGGCCGAAGACGAACGCCUGCGGAUCUUGGCUGAAGAAGCGGAGCACAAGCGACGGAUCGAGCGGCAGGCCGAAGAAGAGCGUCAAUGGGAAGAGGAGACGCGGAAACAAAAAGAGGCAAAACAGCGCCAGCUCGACAAACAGAAGCAGGAAUGGGAAGAGGAGGAGCGCCAAUGGAAGCUAGAGGAAGAGCUGCGGCAACGGGAGGAGCAAGAGGAGCAGGAGAGGAUAGCCAAAGAGAGCCGUCGCAAACGCGCGGGAAGUGACGCCAGGCUAAAAGGCCAAUACCUCAGUCAAUACCAAGCAGAACAAACCAGCACUAAGCCGCGAAGUCGGCGGAACAGUCAAUACGAGCCAGAGUCCAACGGCGAACAAGACCGGAUAAGGGAGCUCGAACGCCAACUCGAGGAGGCAAAAGAGCGUGAACGACAAUACCAGCUCGAACGCGAGGAGCGCUCCGAGCGCCGCAGAGAGCGCGCCCGAUCGAAGAGCCGGACCCGCAACCGGUCACAGAGCCGUCCCCGUCCUCAACCUCCACCACGUGCUCCCUCUCCGCAAGACAGCACGGCAUCAUGGGCCCAGGCUGAUGAUCGUGACUACCUACGUAAGCAGUGGCAGGAGACUCAGCGUCAACCACCGAGACCUCUUCCUGAACCAACCUCACCCCCGACCUCAACUCGGCCUCUACCAGAACCUGCCACUUCGCCGCGCCCACUGCCAGACCCCGCUGCCUACGCUAAGCAAAGCCGCACAGACAGGUACCUGGCAUCCAACCCUCCCCCCGUGGCUCCUAAGCCGGCGAAUCACAUCCCUCCGGAGUUGACGUCUACCUCUGAGCGCGCUGCGGAAGACGCCAGGCGCGCUGCGUCCCAAUCGAAAACGAAAGCGGGCGGAUGGGCGUCCAAGUCUUUGCUCGAGCGGGAAAUGGAGCGGGAGCGCGAACGACAGCAGGAGUGGGAGGACGCGCAGCGCGCUCUGCAGAGUGCGCCCAAGGACCCGAAUGCUGGCACUGGCGAGGGCCAGAGCUGGGACGUAAACCAGUAUGGCUACGUUGGCGGAGACAGCCAGAACAAGGGAGGAAUUAGCUUCGGGGGGAGGAGGCAGAUACUGGGACCGAGGCCCUUUGGCCCGCGCUAAAUUUUUGUCUAUUCUUGGGCGGAAAAGAUUUCUGAUAGAGUAGAAGCGGAGUGAGUCUCCCGUGGCAUUGAGAUACGCUUAUACACUUUUUUUUUAAGAUUU